CUCUCUCUCUCUCUCUCUGUAUAUACUUUUGCUUACCAACAAAGUCUUCCUUUCUUCAUCAUCCCCAUUUCACCAAACCCAAAGCUCACGGGAACCUCACUGUUCUCAAAUGGCGGAUUCGAGCCCUUACACCAAGACCCACUUCCCAUUUUCAGAGCGGAACUCACCAAUUCAACCAAAACCCAAAUGCCAAGGUAAGUCCUUCACCAACUUCCUCUGCAAAUCUCUCUUCUUUGCGCUCUUUCUCGUUGUUCUCCCGCUGUUCCCUUCACAAGCUCCCGAAUUUGUCAGCCAAACCAUUGUUGCCAAGUUUUGGGAGCUUAUUCACCUUCUCUUCAUCGGCAUUGCUGUGUCUUAUGGCUUGUUUGGUCGAAGAAAGGUCGAUUUGGACAUUGAAGAAACUCACUCGAGUUUCGAUACUUCCCAGUCUUAUGUGUCUAGGAUGUUUAAUGUUUCUUCUAUUUUCGAAGAUGGGUUCGAAAAUCCAUGUGGGUCUGAUGAAAAGAGACUCGUUCAUAGUUGGAAUACUCAGUUUGUUGAGAGUGAGGAUUGUUUUGAAUCUAGUGGUGUUGAGGAACAGCAAAAACCCCAAUUUUCGAUGCCUGAAAAUGGUUUUGAAAACCCAUAUGGUUGGAAUUCUCAGUACUUUCAGGGUGAACCCAUGGUUGUAUUGGCUCAACCAAAUUAUGGUCUUGAUGAAUUGGGUAAAUCUGCAUCUAUAAUCGAUAAUAAGCCGUUGGGAUUGCCCAUUCGGAGCUUGAAAUCGACGGCGAGAAAGCUAAACAAUCCUGAGUUUAUUAAUGGAAGUGAGUCUGGGAAUUCAGGUUCAAAGGGGUCAUCUAAUAGUUCUGAUAGAAGUAAAAUUGGGGGUUUUGGAGAUUUAGAUCCUAUGAAUUUGGAACAGAAAUUCAAUGAAGCUUCUGCAGCUUCCCCAAUUCCAUGGCGUUCGAGAUCUGUAAGGAUGGAAAUGAGAGAGAAAGAGGGGGCUGCUAGCCACCCUUCACAUUUUAGGCCCCUCUCGGUUGAUGAAACUCAAUUUGAGUCGCUCAAAUCGCAGUCUUUUAGGUCCACAGGAUCUUUCUCAUCCCAAAAUAGUUCAAUCUCUCCCUCAAACUCGAUUUCCUCGGAUUUACUGAAUUCGAGUAUGGAAGAUUUGGGAGAAAAAAAGAGUUUGCAUAGGCCUUCUCCUGAGGCUUCACCAUCACCACCAAAACCAACAAAUGGCAAGGCUUCAUUGAAUGGAUUGCAUUCUCGGCGUUAUAGUCUUGGUUCAAUGUCUAGAAAGGAUGCCUCGAGAAGGCCUUCUCCUGAGGCUUCACCAUCACCACCAAAACCAACAAAUGGCAAGGCUUCAUUGAAUGGAUUGCAUUCUCGGCAUUAUAGUCUUGGUUCAAUGUCUAGAAAGGAUGCCUCGAGAAAGCCUUCUCCAGAGGCUUCACCAUCACCACCAAAACCAACAAAUGUCAAGGCUUCAUUGAAUGGAUUGCAUUCUCGGCAUUAUAGUAUUGGUUCAAUGUCUAGAAAGGAUGACUCGAGAAACUCUGAAAAUGAGUCAAAGGAAUGGAGUAAGGGUAGAAGAGAGGAUCCAUUGGGUGGUGAAGAUAACGGGACGGAUUCUUUGAAAUCGAACAUGAAUCCGGCAAGCCUCACAAAAGCUCCGACAAAGGGAAAAUCAGUGAGAACAAUUAGAGCUAGUGGACUGACUGCAGGAGCCGGAGCAAUGAAAAAUGAAGAGAUUUUGCAAAACCAAAUUGAUGACAAGAGCAAAAAGAAACUUGAAAAUUUGAAAGAAGCACAUAGGAGGACAGAUAAAACAAAAGUUGGACUUGAUGGUCUGAUGAUUGACACCAGUAAGCAAAGUCUUGAUAAUUUCUCUCCUAUGCCAAAGGAAACAUUCUCAAAGUAUCACAAAAAGGAAAAAGAAGAAUUUCAUGAGAAUGUAGCUGUAGGGUUUGAAGAAAACUCAGAUAAUGAGGCUGGAAGUUUUCAAGUAAGCUCGGAGGCAUAUGAUGUCUCUGGCUCUGGCUCUGUCAAUGAUGCAGGACCAGACUCUGAUGAGGUUGAUAAGAAGGCUGGUGAGUUUAUUGCCAAGUUUAGAGAGCAGAUUAUGCUUCAGAAAAUGGCAUCAAUUGAAAGAUCAAGAGGGCUACAUACAGGUGGAAACUAUUUUAGGUGAUAUAUAAGCUUAUGCUGCUAUAUAGAUUUCUAUCAAAGUGGAUAUGAAGUCCGUGUCUCUUCAUACAGUCUUCUUUUCAUCCUGGUCUCUUAUCAAUAUAUGCUUUAUCUUUCUAGUACACUUGGGAUGUUCAUCUACUUACAAUUAUAUGUGGUGGAGAUAACUUUAUAUCUAUCAACUUUUUGGGGGAGGAAACAUUGUCAUUUCUUCACCUCUGUAAUGGCAUUGGCAUAUUCAAUGAAAAGAUGUCAUAAAAAUUGCAUUAAUCAGUACCACCACUGAAUUUU